CUCCUCCCCUGAGUCCAUCCUGACCCUGUCUGCUGGAAAGGCAUCGCUCAAGAAGGACACAACACUUAGAAGUGUGUGAUCACUACACUUGCUCUCUAAAUCUAUGAAAAUGUUUCAUCUAAUUGUUUUCAUCUCUAUUACAUAUAAUGAAACAUAUAAAAAGGGACUCCUGUUGCAUAAUACUUCAAAAUAAUAUAAUUUGGGUUAUUUCCUCUCUCUCUCUCUGUUUCUUUCUGUAUCUCUCUCUCCCCCUCUCUUGUGUCAUCACAGCCACCCUUCCUAUCUUCUCCCCUCACUCGCACACCAGUCAGGUCUGUAGGUCUCUGUGGUUGCUCUGCUGCUAAGAGACCUACCUCAGAUCUUCUGUAUCAGGAAAAAAGCUAUAAAACCGCAGACGUCAGAAAACACAAGGCACUGGCCCACAUAGUAACAACUGAAAUGGAGGAAUGGGAAGUUCCCACUUCUUUAGGACCUACAGAAGCCAAAGAGGACUCCUCAUUACCAACAGUUAACAGGUCUUGUGAGAAUCUGGAAUGCUACAUGGUCCUCGUCGAGGCGGAGAAGACAGCCAUUGGCUCCAUAUGUUUCCUGGCAGGCCCUGUCACACUGCUGGAGAAUGUUCUGGUUUUGGGAGUGAUCGCUGCCACAGCCACCCUGCGGCAACGACCUUCAUAUCUUUUCAUUGCCAGCCUUGCUCUGGCUGAUGUCUUCGCCAGCUGCUUCUUCACCACCAGCUUCCUCGACUUUCACCUCUUUCGCCGCAGUGACGGCCCCACCGCCUACCUCUUUAAAUUAGGUGGUGUCACUAUGGCCUUCAGUAGCUCAGUGGGGAGUUUACUGCUGACCGCUCUGGACCGCUACCUCUGCAUCCACCAGGCCUCCAGUUAUAAGUUACUACUGACCCGCCGGCGAGCACUGCUGAGCCUGCUGAUCCUCUGGAGUGCCACCAUCUUCAUCUCCUUCUUGCCACUGAUGGGCUGGAGGUGUCCCACAGAGCUCAAUCCCCCCUGCUCACGCCUGUUUCCCUACAUCAACCAGGGCUAUCUGGCCUGCUGGACCAGCUUCAUCCUGGUGCUUCUGGCUCUCAUUUUGGGGGCUUAUGCUCUCAUCCUGUGGAAGGCCCACCGCCAUGAGUCCUCCAUGACAAGUUUCCAGGGAGCAGCAGGGACAGGCCAGGCCCGCAUGAGGAUGGAUAUCCGGCUAGCACGUACCUUUGGCCUGAUCCUACUCAUACUAGUGGGCUGCUGGCUCCCUGCGCUCUCGAUCAUGUUAGCUGAUGUUUCUGUGCUCCUGACCCGCAACCAACAGAGGGCCUUCGCAUUUUGCAGCACCCUCUGCCUGGUUAACUCUGCAGUUAACCCACUGCUGUAUGGACUGCGCUGCCGAGAUCUAAGAGUUGCUCUACUGCAGUUGCUACAAAGGGUGUGUGAAAUUAGGAGGUGUAAAAAAUCUACAGAGGACUCAACCCAAGGAUUACCCUCCGCAGAAGACACCUGCAUUCCCCUGUCUGAAGAUGAGAUGCCCAUGACCAGUCAACUUGUCUCUGUCUCAGAAGUGGUGAACAAUCAGCAGCUGAACAUCAGAAAAUGUGUUGAAAUUAUGGAGUAGCUGUACAAAUCAAGAGGUGUCUGUAAUGGCAGUGUGCUUUGGGUCUAAAGAAUGUCACUCUAGAUUAAGAAUAAAAUCUACAAUAUCUACAAGCA